UCAUGGAGAUCUAUUACAAUCACUACCCAACACCUCAUCAUGACUUAUUAUUAUUAUGGAUAUCAUACUCUCUUUUUUACUUAAAAACCUUACUCCUUUUUCUCUCAUAACAAAGUCCCAAUCUUUUCUCAUUUUUCUGUUCAAAGUUUCAAUUUUUACUUAAUACCCAUUAACGUAAAUCCAAGGUCUAUAGCUGCUGAGAAUUGCGGCAUUGGCACCAUGCUUAAACAAAUAAUAGGCAAAAUCCCACGGAAGUCCUCAAAAUCUGAAUCAUUUGACUCUGCUGGGAUUGAAUCCGGAAACAAUUCUACCAACUGGGGUAAUGAAGUCCCUUGUACAAAUGGCGGUAGUUCUUUUUCGAGUCGAUUAAAUGUUGUUAAAAGAGUAUCUUCAGCUGUCUUUCCUUCAAGCAUCAUGGCCGGGGUGGAAGCUGUGGAUCCCCAUUUACCUUUCAAUAAUGUUUCAAAUGCUCAGAAGCAAAACCUUUUUAUCAGCAAAUUAAACUUUUGUUGCGAGGUUUCAGAUUGCAGUGAUUCAGAUAGAAAUGCUGCACAGCAAGACCUUAAACGUCAAACACUGAUAGAUAUUGUUGACUUUAUUUCACGGUCAGGCGCAAAAUUUACUGAGACGGCAAUGGCUGCAAUGUGUAAAUGUUGUGCAAUUAACUUAUUUAGAGUUUUCCCACCAAAGUACCGUUCCAACUAUACAGCUGGGGAAGCAGAGGAUGAAGAACCUAUGUUUGAUCCUGAUUGGUCACAGUUACAGUGCGUGUAUGAUCUACUACUCCGGUUUAUUAGUGGUGUUGAUCCAAAGGCGGCGAAGAAGUAUGUAGAUCGGGCUUUUAUUGUGAAGCUACUCGACCUCUUUGAUUCAGAGGAUCCUAGAGAAAGAGACUGUUUAAAAACAAUUCUGCAUAGGAUUUACGGAAAAUUCAUGGUACAUCGACCUUUUAUCCGAAAAGCUGUCAGCAAUAUUAUCUACAAAUUUGUUUUUGAAACUGAACGUCACAAUGGGAUGGCUGAGUUGCUGGAGAUUUUUGGGAGUGUUAUUAGUGGGUUUGCCUUGCCUUUGAAAGAGGAACAUAAAGUGUUCUUAUGGAGGGCUUUAGUUCCGCUACAUAAACCGAAAUCAGUGGGUAUGUAUCAUCAACAAUUAACAUAUUGUGCUGUACAGUACAUAGAUAAAGAUCCAAAACUAGCUAGUUCUGUAAUCAAGGGACUGCUGAAGUACUGGCCAGUGACAAAUAGCCAGAAGGAGUUGAUGUUUAUAAGUGAGUUAGAAGAGAUUUUGGAAAUGACUAGCAUGGAAGAGUUCCGAACGAUUAUGGUUCCAUUGUUUCGACGUAUAGGAUGCUGCCUCAGUAGCUCCCAUUAUCAGGUGGCUGAACGAGCACACUUGCUGUUGAGUAACGAGCGCAUCUUAAAUCAUAUUGCACAUCACAGGAACGUGGUUGUACCUCUUGUCAUCUCAGCUCUUGAUUGGAACACACAGAAUCACUGGAACCAAACAGUACUCAACCUGACACAUAACAUCAGGAAAAUGUUCUGUGAAAUGGAUGAAAAGCUAGUGCAAGCAUGCCGAUGCAAAUUAGAAGAGGAAAUCUCAAUGCUGAGCGUUAAAGCUGAGAUGCGAAGGUUGACUUGGGAACGACUCGAAAAUGCUGCUGGUUUCCAAUCCGCAGCUACUAAUCUUUUGGCUUCAGUAAAACCAGUCACGUGUUCUGUUUCCUGCUAAUAGCAUCGGCAACGUGACUUGCAAAAGGAGCAACUAUGAAAAUUGGUUUUUGAAAUAGAAAAGAAUUCAGAAUGCUUGUAGGUUUUGCAUCUGUGCUGUAAUAUAAUUGUGUCAAGAGUAGUAAUACCGCUGCGUUGAAGGUUUGUUUGGCAGGUUGGGUUUGUUUGACGAUGCCCGGUGGAGAUACCGCCGUAGCUUGAAGUUAUGUGUAUUGACCCAUAAGUUAUUCUUUCAAGAGUUGUACUUUGUCUCCUUCCUUUAGCAAUGGAGAUUCUGGUAUUAUUAUAACCCCUCCAACAAGGAUAUCAGGCUGUUUACUUUGUUACUUAGAAUUUGUAUAGCUAAUUGCAUUACCAUUUAUCCUUGUCAAAUAUUUUAUCUGGGGUUGGUUUUUCUUGCUUC